UUUUCGGUGGGUUUCGACGGAGAGAGAGAGAGGACCGUCCCAAAGGGAUUCCAGCGACAGAGAAAGAAGCGCCGAGAGAGAUCGAAGACCUUAUUGGCUGGAGAAGGGAUUCUGGCUACACAGAGAGAGAAGGGAUUCCGGCUAGAGAGAGAGAGAGAGAGAGAGAGAGAGAGAGAGAGACGUCGGAGCAGGAUAAUUGUGUAAAAUAUGAUAGCGGCCGUGUGUUGGGUCCCAAAAGGUGCUUCAAAGGUUGUACCAGUUGUUGCGGAGCCACCCUCAAAAGAGGAGAUUGAAGAGAUCUUGAAGAGAGGGGUUCUAGAAAGAAGCGGACACAGCAAGGAUGAACAAGAUGAGGAAAUGGAUGUUGAUGCUGCUGUGCAGACCAAUGCAAUCGGUCAGGCAUUAGCUGCAGCAGAUGCUCUUGGCAAAAAUUCCGGAAACAAUUUUCAGGACAUAACUGAUGGCUUGAGGGAACUUGAUAUGGAUAAUUAUGAUGAAGAGGAUGCAGGCAUUGAGCUAUUUAGUUCUGGACUUGGUGACACUUUCUAUCCCAGCAAUGACAUGGAUCCAUAUCUGAAGGAUAAGGAUGAUGAUGAUGAAGAGGAAAUUGAAGACAUGACCAUAAAACCGUCGGAUGCAGUUAUAGUCUGUGCACGUAAUGAGGAUGAUGUCAGUCAUCUCGAGGUUUGGAUACUUGAAGAAUCAGAAGAUGGUGAUUCAAACAUGUAUGUUCAUCAUGAUAUAAUACUUCCAGCCUUUCCCCUUUGCACAUCAUGGCUUGAUUGUAACCUCAAAAGUGGAGAUAAAGGAAACUUUAUAGCUGUAGGCUCGAUGGAACUUGCUAUUGAAAUUUGGGACCUCAACCUUAUUGAUGAAGUUCAACCAUUUAUGGUCUUAGGGGGCAUUUCCAAGAAGAAAAAAAGCAAGAAGACAUUGGUCAAAUACAAAAAGGACAGCCACCAAGAUUCUGUACUCGGUCUUGCCUGGAACAAGGAGAUCAGGAAUGUCCUAGCCAGUGCAAGUGCAGACAAGUCUGUCAAGGUUUGGGAUGUGGUUACAGGGAAAUGCCCUCUCACAAUGGAACAUCAUAUAGACAAGGUCCAAGCAGUUGCAUGGAACCGGAAUGUGCCAGAAGUUCUUCUUAGUGGGUCUUUUGAUCACUCAGUGGUCAUGAUGGACAUGAGGGCACCCUCACAAGCUGGUACUAAAUGGGAGGUUGCAGCUGAUGUUGAAAGCUUGGAAUGGGAUCCGCACAAUGAACACUCUUUUGUGGUCAGCCUCGAAGAUGGUACAGUUCAAGGUUUCGACAUUCGAGCAGCUGCUUCCAACUCAAGUUCUCUUUCCAAACCAAGUUUCACUCUUCAUGCACAUGAUAAAGCUGUUUGUACAAUCUCCUAUAAUCCAUCAGCAGCUAACCUGCUUGCAACUGGGUCAACCGAUAAAAUGGUGAAACUCUGGGAUAUAUCAAACAAUCAACCUUCCUGUGUUGCAUCCAAGGAUCCUAAAGCUGGGGCAGUCUUUUCAGUUUCAUUUUCAGAAGACAACCCUUUCUUGUUGGCAAUUGGAGGCUCCAAAGGGAGGCUGGAAGUAUGGGACACGUUAUCUGAUCCUGGAGUUGUUCGGAGAUUUGGGAGUUCUAGCAAUCGAAGAACCGACCCCAUGCCGGCAGCGUGAGGAAAACCAGGGAGGAGGAGCGUUGUUUAUUUGAUUAGAAAGGCAUGCGUAUUGUCAGCUAAGAGAACUCUCAGGAGGGGUUUGUAUUUUUGCUGCUGGCUUUGUUGCUAUUGAUUUAUUUGUUGAGAAAUAUAAAGGGAAAGAAAGGUUUUUAUAGGUGUC